AAGAAAAAUUUCGGUUGCGCUACCAGAAACUAAGAAAUCUGUUCAGCGAUGAUGCCCAUGGUUGCAAGCCUAUUGUCAACAGCUACUGCCCACUCUGCGAGUAGAAAUACUUCACAAUAUCUGGCAAACAUUUCCGCAAUGUCCACGCCAGACCCCAGCAUUGCCCUCACAACCACAGUCGCUGUACUAAUGCAAAAAACUUUAACUGCAUUGCACUCGGGUCCUACCUGCAAUGGUAGCGAGCUCUGUGUAGAAGGCGAAUCUGCCAACAUUUCCAGAUCAUCGUCCCUGGAACAAGAUCGCAACGAGUACGACGACUACGGCGAGAUCAGAGUAGUGGAAGAGGUUCUUGCCAUCGUCGUGCCCAUCCUCUUUGGUGUGAUUGCCGUCAUAGGAUUUUUCGGCAACGCUCUAGUGGUCCUCGUGGUGCUGUGUAACCCUCAGAUGAGAUCUACCACCAACAUUCUCAUAAUCAAUCUCGCUAUGGCCGACCUUCUAUUCAUCGUCUUCUGCGUGCCAUUUACGGGCUGGGACUAUACACUCAACUACUGGCCGUUCGGCGACACGUGGUGCAGGAUCGUGCAGUAUCUCGUGAUCGUCUGUGCCUACGCGAGCAUCUACACACUCGUUCUAAUGUCCCUGGACAGGUUCCUGGCCGUCGUUCAUCCUAUAACGUCCAUGACGAUAAGAACUGAAAAGAACGCCUACUUAGCCAUCUUGUUCACGUGGGUUUUGAUCCUCUUGGCGUGCAUACCGGCGCUGUACUCUCAUGGCAUGAUCAUCGAGGACAACUACUCCUCCUGCACCUUCCGCGUCGACAAGGGUUACAACAUAGCCGCUUUCCAGAUAUCCUUCUUCAUGUCUUCCUUCGUCGUUCCCUUGGCGCUGAUCUUCGUCCUCUACGUGCUCAUGCUGAAACGUCUCUGGCUGGGAGUCACUUCCGGUGGGCGAGUGAGCGCCGAAAGCGUUCGUUCCAAAAAGCGCGUCACCCGGCUGGUCGUGGUGGUGGUGCUGGUGUUCGCCGUGUGCUGGUGUCCCGUACACGUGGUGCUAGUGCUUAAGAGUUUAGACCUUUACGGCCGGCCCAUGAACCCACCCCGCAUUGUGGUGCAGAUAGCGUCACAGGUUCUCGCCUACACAAACUCGUGCGUCAACCCGUUCCUGUACGCUUUCUUGUCGGACAACUUCCGCCGCAGUUUUCGCAAGGCCAUCUUUUGCUACAGGAAGGCCUCCGGCAGGAGCGUCGGUGGCACCGGAUCCUGUAUCGCCCGUACUCGGACGCCCGACGACAUCGAGCGGACAGAGAGGGAGACGACGGCCACGUGCAUCACGAAAGCGUCCAAUAUGACUAACGACAUUUUGUAGUGGUUCGAAAUCAUUAGCUUUGCAAGGUAAAGCCAUGUACAUGUCAGCCAUAUGAAGUAGCAACUGCUGUUCAAUAGUGCACCUCCUCUGGAUGGACGAUGGCUAGAAGGAAUAAGUACAGCAUAGCACAUCUUGAUUCACGCGUAUAAACUCAAGUGCUGCUAUUCUAUUUUUUUAAGCCAUCAGAAAACUCGGAUAGCGAGUUUUGUGAAUCUAGAAUCUAGGAAAGGCUGACCUGUGAUAUGCGUCGACAAGCUUGACUGAUUGUAGACUCUGAUGCAGUCUGAAAAUUCGUUGAUUCUUUAUAACUGGCUGAGACCAUCAUUCAGAGUAUUAGAGAGAAUUUAUAAUAAAAAUAUAGGCGAUAGCACGCGAUACAUUGUAAGACACGUUUCCAGCAUCUGUAUGCGUUCCGAGCACGCUACCUACUUACAGUGCAAACUGAAGCACAAAAUCGCGCAAAAACAUGAAAACACUGUUUUAGGUGACGCUAAUGUAACAAUGUUUACGACAGCCAGGAGGGAAUUUAAUCACUCGCUUCCCAACCAGUAGGUGACUGCCUUUGAUUGGCUUGAAUGUAAACGCGUUGAUAUUCAGGCAUACAGAAUGUACAGUAUGGGCUACUGUUAAAGGGAACACUCCAAUGCACUCCAUUGAUAUUCCUGGCCCUCUAAGUGGAAGUGAAUUAGAAAACAAUAUUCAUUCAAGUCGAUAGUCUGUCAUGGGUCAGGACUUUCAAACACCUUAUGUAUAACUAAACCACUACGAUUCCGUAAGAAAGCGAAAUCUAAACAUGCUGCUCACGCAGGUGUUCUCUUAAACAGUGAACCCGUCUGUACAUUUCGCCUUCGAGCCCUGCGCAAUGAUAAGCCUUCGUAAUGACGGAAUGUGCUUCAGCCAAACACAAAAUUAAUGUUUUCAGUUCGUGGUGCAAAAUAACAAAAGCUUGUUAGAGCGAGCACUUAGUACAGCGCUUCAUAUUUGAGAAAGUGUACUUCUUGGGAACGGCGGGUGAGAAUAUUAUGUACCAAAAGGCAAACAUUUGACAAAAUGACACGGCUGCCGACCAUUAUGAAAACAGGGUUGCUGAUAGUCUAUAUCGUGUAUGUAUCACGGGUAGUUGUGCGUUCCCUUUGUACAUAUGCUUCGGACAAUUCAAGAAGUCGGCGUACCAUUUGUUUAGUUGCUUUCGGACUGUUUCUUUAUAGCUAGGCUACAUGACCGGCAUUGUCGUACAAAUGUUGUGUGUUUUACUCGUUAUAAGAACGUCAUGUACUAAAAUUUAAUUCCUCUUUCGCUUUUGAAUUUCUGAAAAGCCAAAAGUGGCAACUGGCCUCUUGUCCAAUUUGUUUAACAUGACUAUACAUUAUAAGUGUUAUUGACAAAACAUCAGCUUGUGCUGUGAUGCAUAUGCGCGUCAUUCAUGAUCGAGGUGACCCUAAGACAUGUAUUGCCCUCGCGUAGUACGGAAGCCACAUCACUGAAGCUUUCUCUUCAGGAGUGAUGUGUCACCGUCAGCUGCCUUUUAAUUCGAACGCUCGACGUGCACUAUUGACGACAGAUGUACACAGAGAACUGCCGUGAAUAUUUCCAUCUCGAAUUCAUAUCACUAUAGCUAUUGUCUUAUCCCGCUAUCUCACACACAUGCCGAUGCACUGCGACUAGCGUGGUACCUGACUCUACAUGACUCACGAUGCUGCACGUUUGCGCGUGCGUCUGGCUUCGUGACACCUCCUUCAGUUCAUGUGAGCGUCUUCGAUAACGGAACAAACUCUAAAACUGCUUUGAAGUGAGCAUCUGAAAUCCCGGGUGCUGAGGACUUCUGCUGAGACACGACCACGCCAACCCCUUACUGUUUUUCGCGCACAACGGUACCUGCACAUCUAUGUACUAUAGAUUCUGUUUUUCUUCACCGGUGUGGGAAUGAGGGAUAGCCUAUGUGCUGCUAUAUCUACAUUGUGCCGCGGAAGUCAUUCUCUGCUUCUGUUCCGAUUGCGCGGUGCUUUGUAUUAAAGAGCGUAAUCAAAAGCGUAGCCUAACGGUAUUCUGGUUUCUGUUCUUAAUUCAUGUAUGCUGUGCUGUUUCUGUAUUGUGUACCGAGCUGUUCAUGUAUCGCGGAAAUACUUUUUUGUGCACAUUCCACUGGGAAUACUUCCACAAAUUUUACUCUGCCAGCGUAGCAAAGGAAGCACUUGCACAUUUCUGUAUGAUCCACUACACCGAUACAAAGUUUUUCGUUGUAUUAUUUUGGACAUUGGCUUCAAUUUUUGUAUUGGAUGUACUUGUUCAUCACUGAUGCUGUGGAUGUGGGAAAAGACUUAUAUCAGGCUGUUACCUUCAGUCACCAUUUCUUCUUGGUGUGUGGAGUGUGUGGAGAAAAAAAUUAUUACUACGUAAUCGUGGUUCUACGUAUAGGUUUUUGAGACACAGCAGCGUGGCAAGCUUUCUGGUUCUGUUCCUGCUGCGGCUGCAAAAACUUGCGCGUAAUAAAAAUGAUGUGCAUGCGUACUUGCGCGGCGGAAGCGAAUUAAGGACAGAAUGCUCAUUUCAUCUAUCAAAUAACUAAAUAGCGUAUGCGUAUCAAGUGUUCUACAUAAGACGAAAUGUGCUUACCCGUGCGUGUACAUAGUUUCUCUAUCAUCUCUAAAUGUUGCAGUCGCUGCGAAUGUGCACCUCUCACGUGCACUGUUUCUCGUGUUUCCAGUGCAGCGCGUGAGAGCAUGACUUUGUUCCGAAUUGUGUGUGGAGGGUAAAACUUGGUUUUGUUUCUGCUUUUUCGUAAAACAAAGAUAUUCUUUACUGUAGAGUGUUAUGUAAUAGAUGUUAUGCUUUGAAAUACUUAUACCACUGACAUUGUAAAUACACCAUGUUGAUAUGACGUGUUGAAAUGGAAUCAACAGUAUGGCGCCCUAGCGCUGUUCGGUUGCAAGCGCUUGGCACAGAGGUAUAGAGAUAGAAUGUAUAUCUGUUUAGUUGUUUGUAUAUACGAAAUCAUGUUUGUUGUUUUCCUUUUACCCAAGAAGUCAAGGCUUUAUCCAACUCCGUCUCAUUUAAAAGGUGCGAAUAAACUCGCCUUCUGACGUGACA